CAACAAAACACGAAAUUUCCCUGUUGUACUUUGACAUUAUUGAAAAUGGCUCAAUCAUUAUUGUUUUAAUAUGAGCAGUUUGCACGUUCUGAAACGCAACUGGCUCUUUUAUAAAGUUUCAAGCUUUUGUCCGAAUCAAUUAGAUCAUUUUCACUUCAGGACUGCUUUGAGAACAGAUUUUUCCACGAUGCAUCCAAAACUGCCACGUCCACUAGUCUUUUGCGGGCCAUCGGGUUCAGGCAAAAGCACGUUAGUCAAACGGCUGAUAGACGAUUUUCCCGAAAAAUUCGGAUUUACAGUCAGUCAUACAACCCGAUCGCCUCGUCCUGGUGAAAAACACGGCCAACACUACUAUUUCAUCGAUGAAAGCGACAUGAAAACUGCUAUAGCAAAUGGUGACUUCAUCGAGCACGCUGUCUUCAGCGGAAACAUCUACGGAACUAGUUUCAGAGCAGUGGAAGAUAUUGCUAAGCAAGGGAAAAUAGUGCUAAUGGAUAUAGAUAUGCAGGGCGUAAAACAGAUCAAACAGACAACGUUAAAUCCUUGGUGUGUGUUCAUCCAUCCACCGUCUCUUCCCGAACUUAAAGAGAGACUGUUGAAGAGAAAGACUGAGAGCGAGGAGAGUCUGGCGCGAAGACUGGCCAAAGCAAGGGAGGAAAUCAAGUUUGGAUUAACACCCAACUUUGAUAAAACCCUAGUAAAUGAUGAUCUGGACAAAACAUAUAAGGAACUUAAAAAAUUUGUUGAAGAGAACAUUUUAGAGAUACGAAUACCGACUGUUUAAGGAAGCAGUAGCUUGCAAGCAUUUCCUUCAUUGAGUCUCGUGUAUUUAUGAAAUAUUACAUUAAAUUCCUCGAAAUGUUACUUUAAAGUAACGAUACGUUUGCAUAAUAAAGUUAAAUCUAAAUCCACGUUAAAAAAUGAAAAGCUCGAAGUUUGCUGAUCAACCUGGAAUAUCCAAAGCAGAAAGGAAUCGAAUACAUUUUUUAACUUUACAAUCAAAUUAAAUUUUUUCAAAGGAAA